AUGAGCAAGCCAAAACCUGAGAAGCCAAAGCUUGAUGUGAAGGAUAAGGUACGUUGACAUCAAUCAAUUGAGAAGGGUCUUUUUUAGCCCUAGCCCAGAGCCCAAGCUCAGAGCCCUAGCCCAGAGCCCUAGACCACAGCCCUAGCCCGGAGAAUUAGCCCAGAGCCCUAGCCCAGGGCCCUAGCCCAAAGCCCUAGCCCAGAGCCCUAGUCCAGAGCCCUAGCCCAGAGCCCUAGCUCAGAGCAUUUGCUCAGAGGUCUAGCCCAGAGGCCUAGUCCAGAGCUCCAGCUUUGAUCACAGAGCCCCAGCUCUAGCCUAUCCGACUCUAUCAUACCCUAAAUUGCCUUGUCUUAACAUAAUCUACCUUUCCCUAUCUGAUUAUAAUCCUGUUUACUUUACUCUACCGUAGCUUGGCUUACUCUACUUUACUCUAGUACAGCAUUCUAAUUCUACCCUUGGUUUUCACUCCCCUACCUCUCUCAGAAAAAACUAGCUUUUACUCUGUUUCAGGAAGCAAUUUCAAAAUCAGCAAAAAAGAAGGAGCCGGCUCGAAAAUCCACCAUCAAAGCUCCAGACAGAAAGGUUAUCAAGGUCGAUAAGGCGGCGGUAAGUGCUAACUUAAUUUUUUUAAAUUUAAAUUUUAAAUUUUUUUUUGAAAAUUGUAAUUUUUUUAAUAAAAUAUUUAAAUUUUACAAAGAAUUUUUUUAAUUUUGAGUAAUAACAAUAUAUUUGACUGUUUUCAAGGCCAAAAAGGAAAAAGAAGAGAAAUCAAAGCGACGAGCCCAGUGGCCUCCUUAGCUCAGCGGUAGAGCGUUGGACUUUUAAUCCAACGGUCAGGGGUUCGAUCCCCCUAGGUGGCUUGACACUUUUUGGUCUUUUUUCGACGUUUUAAAAAUUUUUUGAUUAUAAAGUCGGCUGAUGAAGUAUUAUAUUAAUCUAAAAAAUACGUGUUUUGUUUAAAAAGGACAAGAUUUUACGUUUUUUAAGAAUUUUUUCUUCUAAAAAAAUUGAGUUUAGGCCAAAAAACGUGGGUUUUUGCUCGAAAACGGAGUUUUUGAGUUGAGUUUGGCCGGUUUUAAGCUAAUCUAAACCCUAAUUUUCAUUUUUUAUCAACGCAUUUUAAAAAGAAAACCUUUCAGCCAGAGGAAAAAUCAAAAACCUCGGAAAAGAAAGUCAAACCAAAGCCGAGGAAGCCACCAUCAAAGCCAGAAGACGAUAAGAAGCCGGUCGAUCCGAAGGAACAGUCCAAGUCCGACCCGAAGAAGAAGAAAAGUGGACCAAAAGAUGACAAAAAAGGAAAAGAUAAGAAGGACAAGGAUAAGAAAGAGAAAGAUAAAAAGGAAAAGGACAAAGACAAGAAGGAAUCUCUCAGUCCCAAGCCCAGUACUACACUUGUCACGGACUUGAGGUCGGCCAAGAACAAGAAUAAGGGACCUUUUGCGCCGUUGACUCCUCCCAAUGCACUACCUAUGGCGUAAGUAGUUGAAUGCUUUGGGUUUGUUUUAGGGUAGACAUGUAAAAAGACCAGGCCAGACCCAAAUCUUCGACCAAUCCGGGCCCAAUUCUUCGGCCAAACCUAACUUUGGUUUAGGUCGGCCCUCUGGCUUAUAUAGUCCGUUUCCAAAUGACUAGACCUGAAAGUGGAUAGUUAAGCCAAAGCGAAGCUUAAAAGGAUCUGGUGAGGCCGCGCCUAGACUUUUUUAAAGCUGUAUUGGCCCGACCCAUGAACCUUGGUUUGGACCUCUGCUCUCCGGCUCGGACAAUCUAGCCCGGUCCUUUUUCAAAUUUGUUCCGAGCCAGCUAGCCACAGCUCUAACCUAACUUUAGAUCAUCUCUACUCCGGCUCAAACCCAGCCCCAGCCCCAGCCCCAGCUCUAGCCCCAGCCCCAGCCCCAGCCCCAGCCCCAGCCCCAGCCCCAGCCCUAGCCCUAGCCCCAGCCCCAGCCCCAGCCCCAGCCCCCAGCCCCAGCCCCAGCCCCAGCCCCAGCCCCAGCCCCAGCCCCAGCCCCAGCCCCAGCCCCAGCCCCAGCCCCAGCCCCAGCCCCAGCCCAACCCAGACCAGCUCUAGCCUAGCUUGACCGCAGCCUUGCCUUAGCACAAGUCUACGUUCAAAGCAUAAAAUUUAAAUUUUCAGAGACGACGAGAACACUCCCACUGAGUACGAAGCCGUGGCAGCACCGUAUCGUCCCUUUGUUGCCAAAAUCAGUACUCGCAAGAUUGUCCUGGAUCAGCCGGCUGAAGAGAAGACAUUUGAACAACUGCUUCAAGAAGCCUACGAAAAUGAAAAAACGGCCAACGAAGCGUCGAUCGAAGAGGACAACAAGAAGUCAGCCUCAUGUUACUUUAGUGUUCUUCCUGGCUAUUAUGUUGGACUAUAA